UUUUGAGCGCGUUUGUCUAGGCAAAAGUGACGAACAGCUUUUCACUGAUAAUUAGGUGAAAGUACACUCUGUCGGAUCACGUGGGCCUCACCGCUCCCUGUUAAAUAUAAACAACGCAUCAGACAGGAAAACCAAUCGGUCUGAUCGAGAGAGACACCUGCUAACCACAGAGAGAGUUAUGGAGUUUUACGCAACCCUGCUUCUGGCAGGGCUGAUCGGUCUGCUUUGGUUCGUCUCUGUUAAAAACAACCAGAAGUACCGUCUCCCCCCGGGACCCAAUCCGCUGCCGCUCAUAGGAAACCUGCUGCAAAUAAACAAGAAUGCACCUUUUGAAAGCUUCCUGGAGUUCAGUAAAACCUACGGUCCUGUGAUGACCUUUAACCUGGGCUGGCAGCGGGUCGUCGUUCUGGUCGGAUAUGACACGGUGAAGGAAGCUUUGGUGGACCAAGCAGACGACUUCAUAGGCCGAGCGCCGCUGGCAUUUUUGUACAAAGUCACCAGAGGAUACGGAAUUGGGAUCAGCAACGGGAACCGCUGGCGUCAGCUGCGGCGCUUCACUCUGUCGACUCUACGAGACUUUGGGAUGGGAAGGAAACGGAUGGAGGAGUGGAUCCAGGAGGAGAGCAAACACCUGAGGGCUCGCAUACGCAGUUUCAAAGGAGAACCUUUUGACCCCACUGUCCUUCUGAGCCGCACCGUGUCAAACAUCGUCUGCUGCCUGGUGUUCGGCCAGCGCUUCAGAUAUGAAGACAAGCAGUUUCUGAAGCUUCUCGGCGUCAUUUCCAGAUUCAUCAAGUUCAACAGCAGCCCUUUGGGUAUGAUGUACAACAUCUUUCCGUGGGCCAUGGAGCAGCUUCCUGGCCAGCAUCACACCGUCUUCGCCAAGGUUGAAGAGAUCCGAGAUUUUGUGGAGAUGAAGAUCCAGGAGCACAAAAAGACAGUGGAUCCCAGCUCACCAAGAGAUUUCAUCGACUGCUUCCUCAUCCGAGCUCAUCAGGAAAAAGACAAUCCCUCCACUGAGUUCCACUAUGACAACCUGUUUGCUACUGUGCUGAAUUUGUUCGUAGCAGGAACAGAAACCACCAGCUCCACCAUCAGAUACGCUCUCAGUGUGCUGAUCAAACACAAGAACAUCCAGGAGAAAAUGCAGGAGGAGAUUGACUCUGUGAUUGGACGGGAGCGAUGCCCCAACAUGGAGGAUCGGAAAUCGCUGCCGUUCUCGGACGCCGUCAUCCAUGAAAUUCAGCGUUUCCUGGACCUCGUCCCCUUCAGUCUCCCUCACUUUGCUCUGGAAGACAUCUCAUUCAGGGGUUACACGAUUCCUGAGGGAACGUUCAUUAUCCCGCUGCUGCACUCCGUUCUUAAAGACGAGAAGCAAUGGACGACUCCAUAUUCCUUCAACCCUCAGCAUUUUCUAGACCAGAAUGGCAACUUUAAGAAAAACUCAGCAUUCCUCCCUUUUUCUGCAGGGAAAAGAGCCUGUGUGGGCGAGUCUCUGGCUCGGAUGGAGCUUUUUAUCUUCAUAGUGACUCUCCUGCAGGACUUCACCUUUACCUGCCCUGAAGGCCCCGACAGCAUCAACCUCAACCCGGAGUACAGCAGCUUCGCCAACCUGCCUCGUUCUCACAAAAUCAUCGCGACGCCGCGAUGAAAGGGGACAUUUCAGUUCAACUCCAAUGAUGCUAACUCUCCCUCAUGGACCGAGAUGCUCAUCUCGUGAUGGCCGCGCCUUCACUUAAGCCACGCCCCCCGGUCCGUUUACUUUUCUGAAAUAAAAAUAAUAUGAUCAUAA